AUGAUACCUGUAGUGGCUGUAGUAGCUGUAGUACCUGUAGUAGCUGUAGUAGCUGUAGUAGCACCUGUAGUAGCUGUAGUAGCCGUAGUACCUGUAGUAGCUGUAGUACCUGUAGUACCUGUAGUAGGUGUAGUACCUGUAGUAGCUGUAGUAGCUGUAGUACCUGUAGUAGCCGUAGUACCUGUAGUACCUGUAGUAGCUGUAGUAGCCGUAGUAGCUGUAGUAGCUGUAGUACCUGUAGUACCUGUAGUAGCCGUAGUAGCUGUAGUAGCUGUAGUAGCUGUAGUAGCUGUAGUAGCUGUAGUAGCUGUAGUAGCUGUAGUAGCUGUAGUAGCCGUAGUACCUGUAGUACCUGUAGUAGCUGUAGUAGCCGUAGUAGCUGUAGUAGCUGUAGUAGCUGUAGUAGCUGUAGUAGCUGUAGUAGCUGUAGUAGCUGUAGUAGCUGUAGUAGCUGUAGUAGCUGUAGUAGCUGUAGUAGCUGUAGUAGCUGUAGUAGCUGUAGUAGCUGUAGUAGCUGUAGUAGCUGUAGUAGCUGUAGUAGCUGUAGUAGCUGUAGUAGCUGUAGUAGCUGUAGUAGCUGUAGUACCUGUAGUAGCUGUAGUAGCUGUAGUAGCUGUAGUACCUGUAGUAGCUGUAGUAGCUGUAGUAGCUGUAGUAGCUGUAGUAGCUGUAGUACCUGUAGUACCUGUAGUAGCUGUAGUAGGUGUAGUACCUGUAGUAGGUGUGGUAGCCGUAGUAGCUGUAGUAGCCGUAGUACCUGUAGUAGCUGUAGUAGCUGUAGUAGCUGUAGUACCUGUAGUAGCUGUAGUAGCUGUAGUAGCUGUAGUACCUGUAGUAGCUGUAGUAGUUGUAGUAGCCGUAGUAGCUGUAGUACCUGUAGUAGGUGUAGUACCUGUAGUACCUGUAGUACCUGUGGUAGCUGUAGUAGCCGUAGUACCUGUAGUAGCUGUAGUAGCCGUAGUAGCUGUAGUAGCUGUAGUACCUGUAGUACCUGUAGUAGGUGUAGUACCUGUAGUACCUGUAGUAGCCGUAGUAGCUGUAGUAGCUGUAGCUGUAGUAGCUGUAGUAGUGUAGUACCUGUAGUAGGUGUAGUAGCUGUAGUAGCUGUAGUAGCCGUAGUAGCUGUAGUAGCUGUAGUAGCUGUAGUAGCUGUAGUAGCUGUAGUAGCCGUAGUACCCUGUAGUAGUACCCGUAGUAGCCGUAGUAGCUGUAGUAGCUGUAGUAGCUGUAGUAGCUGUAGUACCCGUAGUACCCGUAGUACCUGUAGUACCCGUAGUAGGUGUAGUACCCGUAGUAGCUGUAGUAGCCGUAGUAGCCGUAGUAGCGGUAGUAGGUGUAGUACCUGUAGUACCCGUAGUAGCUGUAGUAGCCGUAGUAGCUGUAGUAGCUGUAGUAGCACCUGUAGUAGCUGUAGUAGCUGUAGUAGUAGCGUGGUAGCCGUAGUACCUGUAGUAGCCGUAGUAGUUGUAGCCGUAGUAGCGUAGUACCCGUGGUAGCUGUAGUAGCUGUAGCAGCUGUAGUAGCCGUAGUAGCGAUAGUAGCUGUAGUACUUGUAGUACCUGUAGUACCUGUAGUACCUGUAGUAGCUGUAGUAGCCGUAGUACCCGUAGUAGCUGUAGUAGCCGUAGUAGCUGUAGUAGCCGUAGUACCCGUAGUACCUGUAGUAGCUGUAGUAGCUGUAGUAGUAGUAGUAGUAGCUGUAGUAGCUGUAGUAGCUGUAGUAGCUGUAGUAGCUGUAGUACCUGUAGUAGCUGUAGUAGCCGUAGUAGCUGUAGUAGCUGUAGUACCUGUAGUAGCUGUAGUAGCUGUAGUAGCUGUAGUAGCUGUAGUACCUGUAGUAGCUGUAGUAGCUGUAGUAGCUGUAGUAGCUGUAGUACCUGUAGUAGCUGUAGUAGCUGUAGUAGCUGUAGUAGCUGUAGUAGCUGUAGUAGCUGUAGUAGCUGUAGUAGCUGUAGUAGCUGUAGUA